ACUCCGCCUCAAAUUCUCUUCGCUAGUCUAUAGUAGUUACACUUCCACAGCCAAUUCAUAGUUUAAGUUGAAUUGGUGGUGACAAGUUUAUCUAUGCAGAUUGAUCGCGCAAGUCUGGAGGAGCACCCCUGACCCCUGACAUGAGGAAGAUUGUCCGAUUUGGUGUAUUUAGGACACAAGGAAAAAUAUUUAAACUUUGAAUUUAUCAGUUAACUAUCAAAUGUUUAUGGUUACAACAAAGACGUAAAGGACGAGAACCUAGGAUGAGAGGAAUCCUCUCAGAGGAUUAUAUUCACAAAAUUGAUAGAAGCCUACUUGAAGAUUAAAGGGUGUGUAAAAAUUCAAUAAGACGGCAUAAUAAUGGCACCAGCCGCUAGUAAGUUGGCCACAUUGCCCUUCAAUUGUUACGAGAUAGGUCAUACUUGGGAACCCAAUUGUAACAUUGCUGCAAUUCAACUUGCUGGGUCAGUGUCGAAAGAGGGCUUUAAAAUGUACACUGCUUGUUACGUGAUUUCACUUAUUGCUAGUCGCCGAAUUCCAAAGUCAACGACGGAUAUUGUUAAACUAGUCAAAGAUAUUUUACGGUCUACCUUAUUUCUUCAAACUCACGGACUGGGAUAUGUUGUUUUCUUGUGUCGACUACGGAGAAUGUUAGGCAAAUCAAAUUUUUAUACGUUAUCCUAUCUUCCCACAUUUCUUGCUAGCUACGUGAGCAUUAUGAUCGAGAAACCACAACGACGACCACUUUUGGCGCUAUAUGUCACAAAUGUCGCUACUGAAACAAUAUACAGAAUGUUGCGAUCCCGGGGAAUGGUCCGUGAUAUCAAACAUUUUGAUUUUUUCCUAUUUUGUACUUCAAUGGUCACCGUUAUUUACAAUAUGAAGAAGGGAAAUCGUCGAGGUGACAUGGUUGACACAAUACUUAUUAAAAUAUUUGGUCCUGAAGAGUUCACCAAAAAAAGAGAAGAGGGAGAUAUUCUUCACCUGCACGAGAGGCAAGUUUUGCGUUCUUCAGCCGAAUUACCACGUCGAGUCAGCCUAGGUGGUCCAGGUCUUCGUGUCGUCGUUGGCCCUGAAGCCGAAAAUGCUAAUGUUCGAAGACGAGCAAAUGAGGACACUUACCGUAAUCGCUUUGUAAAUUUUGUUCUUUGGAUGCAUAAGUCUGUGGAAGACAUUGCGAGUCAUCUAGAAAGAAUGGUUACAGCAAUAUAUGAAAGUCAGAUACACGAAAUGUGUCCUCACAACCAAUCUUGCUUCGAUUAUUGGAUGGAGGGAUUUUAUUCAAGAUUCUUGGUUGGUUGUGGAAUUCAUGGACUUUAUCAAACUGCCAUGCUAGCAAAAAAUCUACUGUCACCAAGUAGAAAGAUGCCAAUUGAUAAAACAGGGGGGUUGUUGUCAAAUUCAGUGUUAUAUCCUUGCAUUCGAAGUGGGAUGGGUUUGGGAAUGAUGAACUUAGCUUUCCGAUUGAUUAACUGCUCGUUUCGGUGGCUAAAAGGAAUGGACGGUCCAGGCCAUGCAGCAGUAUCGGGGUUUAUUUCUUCUGCUCUAGGAUUUUUACUGUUAAAGCCACCAAACUCGUUGGGAUUGUACUUAUUCUUUAAAGCUGCCGAGAGUGUAAUCAGCGAAUCCCACAAGAAGAAUAAUUAUGUUCUGCUCAAUCUCGUGGACAAGGUUUACGGCGGUGGGUGGUGUCUUCUUUACUCCCUAUCAACCGCAUUAUUGUUUACAGUUGCCAUAUUCGAGCCACAUAACCUGAAACCUUCAUACUACCACUUCUUGUCGAAAGCCACUGGCGGAAAACUGUUUGAAAUCAAUCGGACUGCUAUAGAUAUAUAUGGCACAAAUAGUUCCGUUUUUAUGAAGGAUUUCUGGCCAAAAUUAUCAGAUAAAUAUGUAUCUGAUCACAUGAAGCAACUGAUAAAAAUGAGGGAGUCGGUAAAUAAUGACAAUGAAGCCACCAAAGAGCUGCUCCAAAAAUUUAUAAAUGUAAAUUAACUUUGAUGCACUUAACCGUGUACUUAUAUAUGUAUAUAAAUAAUCUGCCGAGUCAUUUGUUAAUUUAUACCAGUGUAAAAUAUUACUAGUCCAGUCCAUCCUCAUUGUUUUACAGAAUGGUGAUAAUUCCGAAUAUUUUUAAUCUUGUAUGUUGUAUGUCCCCCAUAUACAACAUAUAUACAUACAACAUAUAUGUAUUUAAUCUUGUAUGCACAAGGUGGAACAAAUAAAUUGUCGUUCCGUAGUCUGCUUUACACAGA